AUGAUCCAGGCUCCAGGCCAAGAGACGUACGGGGAUGGGCUUGAAGCUAGCAAAAAGGAAGAGCUAGCAGAUUCUGCUGGUCUGCAUCUCCGGGGACCGAAGAGGAACAUACGAUUUAUAAAGGCCGAUCGGAUCGAGGAGUUCUCCGUUUUGGGUAGAACAGAGGAGAUCGCUUCCCUUCGUCUUCCGUAUGUAGACCUAGCAGUAUUGCACGCGAAGGAGGACGCCGCUGUCAGGAAAGCGGAGGGUGAAGCGGAAAGAAUAGGAGUCGGGGUAACUGCAGAGGCUCAAGACAUAUUCUUUGCCCUUUGUAAAACGUGA